AGAAUAUUCACACAAGUCUCUCCAGCUAGUCUAAUGUCAGCAUAAGGCCAAUAGCGCUCGUAGUGACGCUGCAGUAGGUUGGCCCUUCGCUUGCAUUCAUAAACGGAUAUGAUAGCUAAGCGUUGAAUGUACUACUGUAGCGACCUAUACACACUCAAGUCGGACCAUGGCGGAAGAAGACGACACGAGAAUUCGGAUUUUACAAAGCCUGCGGGGAAAGAUAUGUGAAGGCAAGAACCUGGGUCCGUGUUCGGGGCCCAACCGACAGCGGGACCUCUGCACCUUCUGCACCAUCAGCCUGGACCAGGAGGAGGUGUUCCGGACCAAGGUGUUUGACAAGAGUCUCAGCCCUUUCUACGGUGAGGACUUCUACUUUGAGAUCCCACGACCAUUUCAGUGUUUGUCCUUCUACGUAUUCGCCAAGGGUGUUUUUCAAAGGGACCUGCCUGUCGGGAAAGUGUCCAUCCGGAAGGAGGAACUGUGUAAAUUCAGUGGGAAGGAGCACUGGUUUGGCCUGCAGCCCGUGGACCCUAACUCUGAAGUCCAGGGAAAGGUCCACCUGGAGAUGCGUCUGAAUGAACUGAUCAUAGAGAACGGCUCCAUGUGCCAGCAGCUACUGGUCCGGAUAAUAGAAUGCCAGGGCUUGCCUCUGAUCAGUGGACAGAACUGUGACCCAUAUGCCACUGUCUCGCUCGUUGGGCCUGCCAGGUUUGACCAGAAGAAAACAAAGGUGAAAAAGAAGACCAGUGACCCUCAGUUUGAGGAAACUUUUUACUUUGAGGUCACAAGGCCCAACAGCUACACAAAAAAGUCUCAUUUCCAAGUAGAGGAGGAAGACAUUGAAAAGCUGGAGAUCAAAGUUGACUUGUGGAACAAUGGGAAUUUGGCGCAGGAUGUUUUCCUUGGGGAGACGCGGGUAUCUGUCAAGAUUCUGCGAAAUGACCACAUUCACAGGGCCUGGUAUCUCCUCCAGCCCAAAGGGAACGGGAAGUCCAAGACAGACGACCUGGGCUCUCUGAGGCUCAACGUAACCUACACAGAGGACAAUGUGCUGCCAUCCGCCUACUACACACCGCUCCGCACGCUGCUGCUCAAGUCCCCAGACAUUAAGCCCAUCUCGGCGUCAGCGGCCCACAUUCUGGGGGACAUCUGCAGGGAGAGGUAUGAGGCGGUGCUGCCCGUGGUCCGCCUGCUACUCCACCACGGCCGCCUGGUGUCCUUCGUCUCCGCCAUCGUUGCCCUGGAGCUGGAGAACACUCAGGAGGCCAACACCAUUUUCCGUGGCAACUCCCUAGCAACACGCCUCAUCGACGACAUGAUGAAGAUUGUAGGGCGGAGCUACUUGACGGUCACCCUGAAGCCUGUAUUGGAUGAGAUUUGUGAAUCAAACAAAACCUGUGAGAUUGACCCGAUCAAACUGAAAGAGGGAGAUAAUGUUGAGGUCAACAAGGAGAACCUGCAGGGGUACGUUCAGAAGGUGUUCUCGUCCAUCACCCAGUCCAGCUCCAGCUGUCCCCCGCUCAUGUGUGACGUGUUCCGCUCGCUGCGUCAACUGGCCUCCAAGCGGUUCCCAGAUGAUCCUCAUGUCCAGUAUUCGGCGGUCAGCAGCUUCGUGUUCCUGCGCUUCUUUGCCGUCGCUGUUCUCUCGCCACACACCUUCCAGCUCCGCCCACACCAUCCUGACCUAGAGGUCUCCCGAACACUCACUCUAAUCUCCAAGACCAUCCAGACUCUGGGGAGCUGGGGGAGCCUGUCCAAAAAUAAACUGUCUAGUUUUAAAGAAUCCUACAUGUACGAUUUCUUCAAAUCAUUCCAAGAAGACAAAUGUAUUGGAAAAGUAAAAAAGUUCCUAGAUGAGAUCUCCUCCAACGUCAGUAAGGAGUCCAGCGGGGUGGAGGAUUCUGUGGUUCUCAAAGAGGGGGAGGUACAGAAGCGGGCCCAGGGAAGGAAACGCAUCGGCAAGAACUUUAAGAAGAGGUGGCUUAGAGUGACCAACAGGGAGCUCUCCUACCACAAGCACAGAGGGAAAGAAGCACUCUGCAUUAUGCCUGUGAAGAAUAUCCGGGCUGUGGAGAAACUGGACUUAAGUGCCUUUAACCGCAAAAAUAUGUUCCAGGUGCUUCACAGUGAGAAGCCGCUGUACAUGCAGGCUGGGAACUGCGUGGAGGCCAGUGAGUGGGUGGAGGUGCUGAGCCAAGUGAGCCGCUGUAAUCCGGAUCGCCUGGGCACCUUCCACCCCUCGGCCUACUUGGCCGGAGCCUGGCUCUGCUGCAGGAGCCUGAACGACAGCCAGCCGGGCUGCAAACCCUGCACACCUACCUUGCUGGCUAACCUACAGCUGGAUAUUGACUGUGACCGUGAGACGGAGAGAAUCUUCUCCCUCUUCACCUCCAGCUACUCCAAGCUACAGAAGAUGGAAGAUGCGUGUGCCAGCAUCGCUGUGUACCAGGGUCCUCCGAGGGAGCAGGACGACUACUCCCUGUUCACCAUCCAGGACUCCAAGGAGACAUUCCACACAGUGCGGCAGAUCACACACAUCCUGAAGGAGCUGCAGAGAGAGCACGACACCCGCAGCGGCACCGCGCAGUACGGCAGCCAAGAGAAUCCGAUAGUUGGGAAGACAUCCUAACGAGUCUAGGUGGGUCUGUCUGGCCUGAGACAGCCAUUCCAGCAAAUGGCAAUAUGCCACCUGCCACAGUACUACACUGGAGCCCCAGAGUGACACUGAGAACGAUGCCCGCCUCGCGAGGACCAAGAACCCACACCCCCAAGGUCGCGCUCUGCCCCCGCUUCCCCCUCCACCACGUGUGACUGGACGGACGGUCCAAUAGCGGAAGUGUCACCUGAACCUGGUCAGAAGCUCUCAUUGGUUCAGAAGAGGAGAACCUUGGUUGAGUUUUAUUCUCUAGCUCUCCCCGUCUGUCUCCAUCCUUCUCUCUUUCUCACACACCACUGCUCUAAUCAGAGGAAUAUGUGCUUGCUCUCGUCUUCUACUUGAUUUGCACAAAGACCAUACAACAUCAUUAGUUGGAGUGUGUUUGUGUGUGUGAAUAGGCUGCUAAAAUACUCCAUUUUAUUCACUCAAUGUUUUCAAUCUCGAUCGUCAACAAUCGAGAUGAUGCUCUCACAAUCUCUUGGGGCUUCACUGUUUGACGUCCGUUUACGACUAAACAGCAAGCUGACUUUGUUUCUCUCAUUUUUCUAUCAAAGGGUCCACUUAACUGUACUCUCUUCUUCCUCCUCUGUCCACCUCUGUGCUUUGAACAAAUGUAGGUGUUUCAGAGUACAGUUAAGUGGAUGAGACCGAUCUGCCUUAUUUUUCUUAAUGGAUGUAUGUGUAACAAUCUCUCGUGUCCUCGAGUUAGGGACUAAUGCCGAAGCACUUUACAUAUUUGGGAUAUUCCAGAUGGCAUCGUUUUAGAUACGUGGUAUCAGUAUACCCCCCAUAUCGAUCAGUUCAAUGAUCUCGAGUACGUUCUCCUUUCCAUUCCUGUACAAUAACAUUUAUGGCCUGUAGAUUUUAAUAGCUAAUUUUCUUACACCAAAGACGUAAGGUCGACUUGGGAAAAAAGGGUAUGAAUGUAUUUUGAAUACAGACUUUUUUUAAAUGGAGAGAAAUACAGUAUAUAUUUCGUUCAUGUACAUUUUGGUAACUGCAUUGUUCCUCUUUUUAACGAUUUAGACGAUUUGAUUGAGUAACGUUAUAAUGUUCUCUGGAAAUGCAGAUGGACCGUGGUCGGUAGUCUAGAAAUGUCUGUGACGGGCCUCCCGGGUGGCGCAGUGGUCUAGGGCACUGCAUCGCAGUGCUAGCUGCGCCACCAGAGUCUCUGGGUUCGCGCCCAGGCUCUGUCGCAGCCGGCCGCGACCGGGAGGUCCGUGGGGCGACGCACAAUUGGCAUAGCGUCGUCCGGGUUAGGGAGGGUUUGACCGGUAGGGAUAUCCUUGUCUGAUCGCGCUCCAGCGACUCCUGUGGCGGGCCGGGCGCAGUGCGCGCUAAUCAAGGUGGCCAGGUACACGGUGUUUCCUCCGACACAUUGGUGCGGCUGGCUUCCGGGUUGGAGGCGCGCUGUGUUAAGAAGCAGUGCGGCUUGGUUGGGUUGUGCUUCGGAGGACGCAUGGCUUUCGACCUUCGUCUCUCCCGAGCCCGUACGGGAGUUGUAGCGUUGAGACAAGAUAGUAAUUACUAGUGAUUGGAUACCACGAAAAUUGGGGAGAAAAGGGGGUAAAAUUUUAAAAAAAUAAAAGAAAUAUCUGUGACAACCAUGUAGUGAUGUCACUGCAAAUCAAUCGCAACAAGCUAGACAAUCCCCCUUCACUUGCCAAUCUAGCCCCUUAGAUCCUCAUCACUGGCCCACAUUAACUGGUAGUCAAAUGUGAUUGGAUAGAUCUACAAUCAGGCAAACACAUAUAUUACUUAGGCCCCAUUCAUUGUUUUGUGUGUUUUAGACUGAGGACUAUUGCUGUGUUCAUAGCCAAGUGGGAAGGUGGUAAUUACCAGUUGUGAAGUCGUAAAUACCGGUUGGAUGCAUUCACGUGCUUUGAACUAGUUGAGAAACGCUGAUUGGCUAAUGUACAACAAGCUGCGUCAACCAUAAAAUAAAAGUACAGCUGUCAUGCUUGUAAACAAAUGAUAGUGUUCAAAAAACCAUAUAAAUUGAUUGCUUUUUAUAAAUAGUGUUUUGUUAGAUUUAACUGCCCAAAAUGCUGUUAUCAAGGUAAUUUUCUUAGUAGGUGACAUCAGAGGUCAGCAUGUGGGAAAAGUCUGAGCUCAGGGAUGAUAGAUGAGCUUCCCACUAGUAUACUGAACAAAAACAUAGACACAACCCUUUCAAAGGUUCUACUGAGUUACAGUUCAUAUGAGGAAAUCAGUCAAUUGAAAUAAAUUAAUCAGGCCCUAAUCUAUGGAUUUCACAUGACUGGGAAUACAGAUAUGCAUCUGUUGGUCACAGAUACCUUAAAAAAGAAUGUAGGGGUGUUGAUCAAAACCAAUCAGUAUCUGGUGUGAACAACAUUUGCCUUGUGCAGUGCGACACAUCUCCUUCGCAUAGAGUUGAUCAGGCUGUUGAUUGUAGCCUGUGGAACCAUAACCCCACUGCCACCAUGUGUCACAUGUUGACAUCAGUAAACCGCUCACUCACACAAUGCCAUACAAACUGUCUGCCAUCUGCCCGGUACAGUUAAACCGGGAUUCAUCCAUGAAGAGCACAGUUUUCCAGUGGCUAUCGAAGGUAAGCAUUUGCCCACUGAAGUCUGUUACAUGAGAAUGACGAGCAUGCAGAUGAGAUUCCUUGAGAUGGUUUCUGACAGUUUGUGCAGAAAUUAUUUGGUUGUGCAAACCGAGUUUCAUCAGCUGUCCGGGUGGCUCGUCUCAGACCAUCCCACAGGUGAAAAAGCCGGAUGUGGAGGUCCUGGGCUGGCGUGGUUACACGUGGUCUGGGGUUAUGAGGCCGGUUGGACUUACUGCCAAAUUCUCUAAAACAACGUUUUGGUAGUGAAAUUAACAGUAAAUUAUCUGGCAACAGCUCUGGUGGACAUUCCUGCAGUCAGCAUGCCAAUUGCACACUCCAUGGCAUUGUGUUGUGUGACAAAACUGCACAUUUUAGUGUCCUUUUGUUGUCCCCAACACAAGGUGCUGAUCAUGCUGUUUUAAACAGCUUCUUGAUAUGCCACACCUGUCAGGUGGAUGGAUUAUCUUGGCAAAGGAGAAAUGCCCACUAACAGGGAUGUAAACACAAUUGUGUCGAAAACUUGAGAGAAAUAAGCUUUUUGUGUAUAUGAGAAAUAUCUGGGAUAUUUUAUUUCAGCACAUGAAACAUGGGACCAACACAUUACAUGUUGUGUUUAUUUUUUCAGUGUAAAUACGAGUUGGGGCAGUCAAGUGGAUUUUCUUCCCAGUCUUAUGUGGUAAAUAUCAAAGUUUUUAUCAGGGAGGUUGAAUUAGGUAAUGAACGCAGCAUUAGUCCACAUAGUCGCUCCGUUCUUUAUAUUUUUAUCAGUCAACCCGUAGGAACGACAGUUAUGAACGCAGCAUUAGUCCACAUAGUCGCUCCGUUCUUUAUAUUUUUAUCAGUCAACCCGUAGGAACGACAGUUAUGAACACAGCAUUAGUCCACAGUCGCACCGUUCUUUAUGUUUUUAUCUGUUAACUCGUAGGAGCAACAGUUUGUUAAAACAGAUGCCUAAAAACUUGAGCUUGGAUCAACAACCAGAAGGGAACGUGUAACACAGUUAGUACAGGGUUAACCAUGUUUCGUAUAUAUUUUUGUUUGGCUUAUGGAAAUAUUUCCUGUCAGAAGUUGUCUUUGGUCGGUCAUAAAUUUCUAUCAUGCAUGUCCUGUAUAUUUAACAGUAUAUUUUUUUUAGAGUACCUUUUGUAUGUAUGUUUUUUAACACGGCAAAAAAAAUCUGUGUUGGUGCGUUACGGUACCUUGUUCUUUGUCUUCAGUGGUACUAGGAAGCUUGCUGCUCUUCUUCAUGUCACAGAGUCUAAUGUAUGGUAGCGUGCUGCGGAGUCUGUCUAUAGCUUAUGCAACGUUACGGAGUUUAACUUUGUCUCGAACACCAGGGUCAUGUUCAUUAGAGCACGAAGUGGAAACUUUUUGCAACGGGGAAAAAAGGAGCCUCUACCUGUUUACAGUCAGUUUCCUUGCGUUUGGUGCCUAAUGAAUGCGACCCAGGUUAGGUCCCACCUGACUUUGUUUGUAAGUGGUUUUGCUAAAGGCUCUCAGGCCUCAUGGUUCUUGUCCUUUGUCAUUCUAAUGCGUAGGUAAAGAUGUCAUCAUGAGUGAGCUUGUUGGUUCAUUGGUUUUCUUUCACUAAUCUCAAACGUUUUUCAAUCAUAAGGGAAUUUUCAAUCACUGCAUCUUCUCUUCACCUUACCUCUGACAGUCAGAUGUUUUAUCAAAAUGUGUCUUUAACGUUGUCAGAACCUUUUUUAGACCCAUGAAUCCAAACGUGCAGUGGCCUUACUAACCCACCCACACCCAAAGAUAAAUUGGAGUGACACAAUUGUACAAUGUACAGGUUGGCUUGGUCAGAUGGGAUGGUACUGUACGUUCUAGGGGUUUUGUUGCUUUGAUCACAGUAUAGGUACAAGUGACACUGUUACCAGUCAACAGUGAACUUAUAACUUAAAUCAGAAAAAUUUUGUGUGUGGCCCAGUCAUUUUUAAAGUUGGAUAAUUUAACAUAGCAUGGGAAGUCAGGAGUGAUGGUUAGCAGUCGACAGGCCUUCAUGUGAACAGUAUCUGUGAAGUCAUCGCCAUGACAUCAUCAGCAGCCUUUCGAAUGUUAAAAUCAAUCACCGCAAAGAGAAUCGGUUGUUUUCGUAUUUCAAACACGUAAACGUAUCAUUGCAUACAGGACUGGAGUACAUAUAUUUGUUGUUGUUUUUGUUAUUUAAACAUUUUUGGAUUAUUUUUCACAACCAGAAAGUCAAAUCUUAUCUCCUGUCUUUUAUUUGAAAUAAUUUACAAUAAACAUGUUGCCAACCCUUUCA